AUGAGAUUCGCCAGUCGCCCAGACGAAACCGCCCAGUGGCCGCCAUCCCGCUGGCCCCCUGUCACAACUAUCGGCAUCGAGGUGGGAGACUAUGAAUAUCAGAGGCAGGUGGCUAACAUGGGAAACAUCGCUGACGUUCGAGUGGGCAUGAUUAGCCUCAACCUCAGCUUCAAUCGAUGCAAGGACUCAAUCAUGGACGCCAACGUCCGAGACCAGAGCAAACAUCUCAUCGGGGUACUUCGUCACUCAAUGACCUCAUACUGUCUAGCACCGAGGAGCCUCUCCAAACCAUACUCGGCCAGGCAUGCGGCUAGACAUGGUAUCGUAUGCAAGGUUUCCUCAGCCUUCACAGCAUCUACGGCCGUGGAUGGAUGUGGCAUGAGUGAAGACGCUGGCAUGCACAACGUUAUGCCGGUCCCAUCAAUUGCGGAAUGGCUUGAUGAGAUAUCAUCUCUUGGGUCUCCCGAGGUCCCCAAAGUCGAGUCGAUGGAGCCUUCACAAUACCAAAUCAAGGUCGAGAAUUGCACGGCUACGAAGGAGUACAUAUCCCCUUCGCCCGAAGCCGCCUGUCGAGGAGAGAACAGCACAGUUGAACGCGAGGCUGAGACGCAGCAUCUGUGGCCAAUUGACCUGAGCCCGGUCAGGACGGACCCUGGUGGGCAGCCGAAGUACGGCUUCUGGUGA